AUGGAACAAUGGGCAAAAGGUCUCGAUGUCAACGUUUCUAGCAUGGUUCUCAUGGCGAAGUAUGCCAUCCCCGCCAUGCUCAAAAACGAGGGCGAAAGCAAAGGCGUCAUUGUCAACAUGGGCAGCGUCGCUGGCCUGAAGGGAGGCACUCCGCACCUAUUAUAUCCGACGAGCAAAGGCGCAAUCGUCAACAUGACGCGAGCGAUGGCGGCACACCAUGCGAAAGAUGGAAUUCGUGUGAAUUGCGUCUGCCCCGGGCCAGAGCUGCAAGGAAAGGAAGGAGUCUUCUAG